AAAAAACACUAACCCAAAAUAAAUACAUAAUGAAGAAUAGACUCCCAAAAGAGUCGAUACUUUAUCUCAAAUAAUAACGAAGGAAGAACGCCAUCUAUUUUCGGGUUGGGGAGCAUUGUGAUUUUGUUAGCGUUUCUCCAGGAUGGAAGAACGCAUGCAGCGCUAUCUAUUUUUUGCUGUCACGAAGGGGGCUCAUCCGGGUGUUUACUCAAGCUGGGAAGAGGCGAACGAGCAGGUGUCGAAUUAUAGUUUUCCCGAGUAUCAUGGUUUCAAUAGCUACGAACACGCGCUACAGUGCUUCAAAUCGAGAAUGGUGUCCAUUGAUGCUGACAAAGCUGCAAAUGUGGAAAUGUUUGGAACACAGAGCGAGGGAGUAUCUGGAGGGAAGGGUGUGUUCCCUUCAGGCAGUAGUCGGCGGCAUGGAUUGGUUUCAUGGCUUCCUAUAAUUCCUCAAGAGGAACUAAACCCUGUUCCUGAGUUUGCCAUAGUCAACAACAUGGAGUCAUGGCUGGUGAAGAUUUGCCAUGAUUCUGAAAUUCCUGGUCCAUGCUUUUUCAAGUUGCCCGUGAAGACGCAGUUUUGGAAAUACUUGGUCGGGUACUAGAAAUCACCUAUAAGGAGAUUCGCGAUUAUAACUACUUCAAAGUUAACCUACUUCGUGACUCAAACAAUGCACUUAGGGCAAAGGUUUGCCAGCUCGAAGAUGCCUACGAGAAGCUGAAGGCAAACUACGAAUCCCUUGUUAGCGCUCACGUUGAUGGGAAAUCUCUUUGAGUGUGUUGUUUUCGAUUUUUUUUCCAGGGGUUCUAUAAUUAACUUAAUGGGUUGAGGUUAAGGUGUUUAUGUUUUCUAAUUGUUAGGUAUGUUGUAUUUGGCGCUUGAUGUUUUCGUAUUUGGCAAUGUCCUUGAUUGUGUUGUUUUCGUUUUUGAUUUGCCAGGGGUUCUAAUUCUAUAAUUAACUUAAUGGGUUAAGGUUAAGGUGUUUAUGUUUUCUAAUUGUUAAGUAUGUUGUAUUUGGUGCUUAAUGUUGCAAUGGAUUAGUUAAUUAAUAUGAAUUUGUUUAA